AUGUAAAAAUAAAAUAAGUCAUUUUUUGAGUAAGAAACAUGUUUAGCUGAAAUUGAAUUGCCAACAGAAUUGAGAUAUCAAUUCUUAUAGUGGACGAAAAAGUUAGAGAAAUAAGAUAAAUAUUAAGAAAAAUUGAAGGCUAGUUUGGAAAUGAAAAACAAUGAAUAUUUCUUAAUAAUAGAAGAUGAUAAAGAUGAAAAAUAAUCAAUAAGAAUGAAUAUAAGUGAAUUAAGAUAACCUAUGAAUAAAUGUAAUUUAUUAAUACCAUCACCUCCUUAUAAUGAACCUAGAGAUAUUUAAAAUAUUAAUUGCUUACCUUAUAAAGCAAGAGCAAAAAUAGAAAAUUGUUAAAAAGAUGUAGAAGAUUUGUAAUCUUAAUUUCGUCACCUUUAUUAUAGCAAAAAACAAAAACCGAAAUAAAUUGUUUAAACAGGUAGUUCAGAUUUUGAAAUAAGUGAAAGUUUAAGUGAUUUUUCAUUACCUGAUCCCUUUUAACUUCCUCAUUUAGGUAUUUAUAUAAUUAAAAUUCAGAAUUUAGAGAACAAAAUACAAGUUAAAAACCACAAGUAGAAGUGGAUAAGAAAACUUUAAAGACUAAUUUGAUAGAUUUUUUGAGAUCAAAAGGUGAUAUUGGAGCAAGUAUUUAAGAAAUAAAGUAAUCUUAUAAAUUUUAAAAUAUCCCAGAUGUAAAUAUACAUAUAUAUUAAUAAUAGAAACAUUUAAAAGAAGUGUUAAAAUCAUUUGCUCAAACUACUAUGAGAGCUAGCAAAAUAUUUUAUUAUUUACCUUCUACAUUGUUAAAUUGAUAAAUUAAG